AUGGUGAAGGUAGUGGCAGGUAUGGUGUUUUUGUUGGGUGGUGGUUGUGGUCAUGUUUGUGUUGUUGGCGAUGACGAGGAUGGUGGUGGAUCUGGUGGCAGCAACGGGGAUGGAGAGACCCGGGUUGUUACAUGUAUUGUUGGUGAUGAAGGGGAUGAUGGUGGAUCUGGUGACAAUGACGGGGAUGGAGGUGGUGGCGGGUUUGGAAUUUUUUUGGAAGUGGUGGCUAUGGUGUGGUGUGGUCAUGUUUGUGUUGUUAGCGACACAAGGGAUGGUGAUGGAUAUGGUGGAGACGAUGGGAUUGAGGAUGAGGAUGGAGGUGGUGGUAGGUUUGGGAUUUUUUUGUUGGAUGGUGGUUGUGGUGUGGUGAUGUCUGUGUUGUUGGCGACGAUGGAGAUGGGGGUGGAUCUGGUAGCGUGGGUUGGUGAUGGAUUUGGUGGCGACGAGGGGGUGGAGAUGGUGGCAGUGCCCAUGGCAGUGGUGCCGGUGGUACGUGACCCACUAUUUGGUGUAUGUGACCAACUAUUUGGUUCUUUGUGA